GGUUGGUGGUGCUGUCGGUCCCCAAUGUACCGAACUCUUAUUGGUGAACGCUGCCGUCGCUCGGGCGGUGGCGGGCUCCGGGAUUGGCGGGUGCUAAGCGGGCGGUGUCAGGCUCUCGGUGGCGGCGGAGGCGGCGGAGGCCAGGGAGGAAGAUGUCGUAAUGAGCGAUCCACAGACCAGCAUGGCUGCCACUGCCGCUGUCAGUCCCAGUGACUACCUGCAGCCUGCCGCCUCCACCACCCAGGACUCCCAGCCAUCUCCCUUAGCCCUGCUUGCUGCAACAUGUAGCAAAAUUGGCCCUCCAGCUGUUGAAGCUGCAGUGACGCCUCCUGCUCCCCCGCAGCCCACACCACGGAAACUCGUCCCUAUCAAACCUGCCCCUCUCCCUCUCAGUCCCGGCAAGAAUAGCUUUGGAAUCUUAUCCUCCAAAGGAAACAUACUUCAGAUUCAGGGGUCACAGCUGAGCGCGUCCUAUCCUGGUGGGCAGCUGGUGUUCGCUAUCCAGAACCCAACCAUGAUCAACAAAGGGACCCGAUCGAAUGCCAGUAUCCAGUACCAGGCGGUCCCUCAGAUUCAGGCGAGCAAUUCUCAGACCAUCCAGGUACAGCCCAAUCUCACCAACCAGAUCCAGAUCAUCCCUGGCACCAACCAAGCCAUCAUCACCCCCUCACCAUCCAGUCACAAGCCUGUCCCCAUCAAGCCGGCCCCUGUCCAGAAGUCGAGUACGACCACCACGCCGGUGCAGAGCACGGCCAAUGUGGUGAAGCUGACAGGUGGAGGGGGCAAUGUGACACUUACUCUGCCUGUCAACAACCUCGUGAACACCAGCGACACCGGGGCCCCCACUCAGCUCCUCACGGAGAGCCCCCCGGCCCCGCUUUCUAAGACUAACAAGAAAGCCAGGAAGAAGAGUCUUCCUGCCUCCCAGCCCCCCGUGGCCGUGACCGAACAGGUGGAGACGGUGCUGAUCGAGACCACAGCGGACAACAUCAUCCAGGCAGGAAACAACCUGCUCAUCGUUCAGAGCCCUGGUGGGGGCCAGCCAGCUGUGGUCCAGCAGGUCCAGGUGGUGCCCCCCAAGGCCGAGCAGCAGCAGGUAGUGCAGAUCCCCCAGCAGGCCCUGCGGGUGGUGCAGGCGGCAUCCGCCACACUCCCCACCGUCCCCCAGAAGCCCUCCCAGAACUUUCAGAUCCAGGCUGCUGAGCCGUCGCCUACUCAGGUACCACGUACACCCUCUGCACGCGCCUCCCUCUCCUCCUCAGCUCUAAACGGCUGAUGCUCCGUCCCCAUU